AUGGACGACGACGUAAUACGUCCCGACGUUCACCACGACCCUACGCCGGGUCUGAUCCCCGUGCCUCAUGGGCCGGCCACCGGUGACGAGGCCCUUCAGCUUCCCUUCGGCGCCACCCCCGAUCCAGACCACGAGAAGGCCAUCUUCUCCUACCUCACACACCCUGACGACAUCUACACAAAAGACGGCACCUACUGGGCCGACCUUCCCUUGCGCGAGAGGAUAGCCUUCGUCAACAAGGUCCAGAAUGAGGAGGCGAAGCAGGAGCUCAAGGCCAUCGGCCGCAUGAUGAAGAAGGACCCUCUCAGCCCCGUCUCGUGGUACUUCCGCAACGCCGUUCUUCCCGGUGCCGGUCUCGGUCUCGAGGGCUACGUCCUCUUCAGUAUCGGCAACAUUGAGCCUCUCUUCAGAGCCACCUGGCCGCAAUGCUGGGGUCAUGAGGCUACCGUGUGCAGCAGCAACUGGAUCGCUGCCGUAACAUAUCUCGAGGUUAUCGGUAUCAUGGUUGGCCAGUUGGUCGUUGGUGUCAUUGGUGACUGGAUUGGUCGUCGCUGGGGUCUCAUCCAGGAUGCCGCCAUCAUGUUUGUUGGUUUGCUCAUGCUCACGGCUUCUUGGGGUUUGAACCUCCAGGGCUGGGUUAUCUGCUAUGCUUGGUCUCUCUUCUUCUACGGUUUCGGUGUUGGUGGUGAAUACCCCAUUACUGCUACUUCCUCCAUGGAGGACUCCGUCUCGUCCGGAAAGCUCUCUACCAGAAACGAUCGUCUUCAUCGUGGCCGCAAGGUUACUACCGCCUUCUUGAUGCAGGGUUGGGGUCAGCUUAUCAACCAGGCCCUCCUCAUCAUUCUCCUCCUCAUCUUCCACGCCGGUAGCGGGUCUCCGCCUUAUGGCACCACCACUGUCCAGUGGACGUUCAGAUUGUCGUUUGCCAUUCCAGCCGUUGGUACCCUUUGGCUCGUCUACUACAGAACCUACAAGAUGCCCCACGCCAGCCGACAGCUUAUUGCUGCUAAGAAGAAGAGCAACGUUACCGGCUACGAUUACGACUCCCUUUCCAUGACCACCAGACAUUUCGGCGGCCGUCUCCUCGCCACCGCUGGCUGCUGGUUCUGCAACGACGUUUUCUUCUACGGCAACAAGCUCUUCCAGGCUCAGUUCAUUUCCGUCAUCAGCGGCGGCUCGAGCUCCGUUAUGACCGGCUGGAUUUGGAACUUGUACAACGUCAUCAUCUCCCUCGUCGGUUAUUAUUUGGCCUCCCUCCUCAUGGACAACCGCUUCUAUGGCCGCAAGAUGAUGCAGCAAGUUGGUUUCCUCAUGUGCUUCAUCAUGUUCGUCAUCCCCGCCUUCAAGUUGGAGUACUAUACCAGCCCCGCCGGUAUCAAAUCUUUCCAGGCCAUGUACUUCCUCUCCAGCUUCUUCAACCAGUUCGGCCCCAACAGCGUCACCUUCCUCGUCGCCGGUGAGGUCUUCCCGACUCCCAUCCGCGCUUCUGCCCACGGCUUCAGCGCCUGCAUGGGCAAGGCCGGUGCUCUUCUCGCCUCCGUUCUCUACAACUACAUCGACACCCAGACCAAGUUCUACGUUGUGCCUUGGUUCGGUCUCGCCGGCAUGGUCCUCACCUGGUUGUUCCUCCCCGACACCACCGGUCUUGACCUUAAGGAGCAAGAGCGGAGGUGGAGCUACAUCCGCGCCGGCAAGGCCGAGGACUACCACGGCAUCGCGAUCCACCCCAUGCAUCUUUCCCUCUGGGAGCGUCUCCGCGGCGUUGGCAAGCACUACAACCCCGAGCUCGAUCACAAGCAGAAGAUUGAGGAUAUGCGCGAGGAGUGGGCUGGCAAGGAGCGCAUGCGCCGCGAGAAGGAGGUGAACGGCCAGAACCAUGGCGACGAGCUCGAGGAGGACGACUUCAACGACCAGGUCCACCACUACUUCCGUAACACCACCGACCAGGGCAUGUUCGUUAACGACGGCACUCCCGGUCCCAGCAACCACUCGAGGUCGAGAACCAACAGCAGCGCGCCCCCCUUCGCUUCGGGCGCGAACUCGAAGGAGGCCGUCACGAGCGAGAAGGUCCGCCCCGCAAGCCCUUCGACGACACAAAGCCCGUCUUCGACAAGGCCUGUGAGCGAGAAGGAGCAAUAG